AUGCUCGACUACUUCGUCGCCAUUGGAGUUGCCCUUCUAGGGCUGCUGGUGGUGUACUUUAUGUUCCACAGCAUCAAAAAGUCGGAGCUUGUUGCGUUUAAUGCUUCAAAAGAACGCAAGUCACGUCCGCGCAAGACCCCGAAGGUGCCUCGCCGUGACGACACCCGACUUGACCGCGAGAUGGAGGCGCUUAUUGCCCAGGAGGUCGCACACCACACCACAUCCAUGCGAGCCGACAUUCGUGUCGUUCAACCGGUGCUGCUUGAGAACAUGCAGCGUAAGGUGGCAGCUGAGAAGAACAAAGCGGCGUCAAUGAAAUACUCUUCCGCGGCCGCCGAGCAGGCGCUGAUUGACAAGGAGAUGGGAUUCCAGAAGGUGGUGAAUCAAUCGAAGCCACGGAAGAACCCGUCGCCACCGCCGCAGCAGCGACCACAACAGGCGAACACGGAUGAGGAGUUGAGCCGUAAACUCGGUCAGUUCUUUAGCAACAACCGAAAGGAUAAGAAGGGAUUAAAGUUCAACUUGAAGGAGGAGCAGACGGCAAAUACCAAAGGUAAUGGGGUCCACGUUGUUGUGAAGAAAGAUAUUAGUAAUGCCCGUACAUGGUCAUUGGUAGCUUAA